AUGGGAGGUGUUGGGUGGGUGAUUCGAGACUUCAUAGGUUGGAUGACGCAAGCAGGAGGUCAAGGAGAUUCACAGUAUGGGUAUGCUCUUGCAGCUGAAGUAGAUGCUAUCCGUGCAGUGUUGAUUGCUUGCCAGCACGGAGGUUUUGCUCGUGUCAUGGUGGAAUCUGACUCUCUAAUCGCCAUCCAAAUGGUGAACGGAGAAGGCUAG